AUGGCUAUACUGACUUUAUGGUAUUUUCAAGCAUACCUCUCGGAUUUAUCCUCUAAUCCAUCCUCACCUGCCUUUACCGUCUGCAAAAGAGUCAUAAACAAAUGCCAAUCAAUAGUAUUUGAAGGGACUCAAAGCGAUGAUCAAAAAUCCAUUACUGAUCCUGGAAUAUCCUCUAAAAAAGUUAAGGAAAACGUUCUUCCGGCUCUUGUUGGAAUUGGUGCCAUGGUUGCUGGUAUAUUCGCACCAUCUUUAAUGAAAAGUGCUGGCCAAAUUGCUAUAGCACAAGGUAGAAGAGCAAGAGGUUUUGAAAUCAAUCUAGAAAAUCUUCCACCAUCUGAUGAUAAUGAUGAGUUACAAAAGCACGAAAUUGGUUCAACAUAUUUAUCAACUGAUGAUGACUCAAAUACAGAUGAACAAUUUAAUCAAAAAUCAGUAAAAUUUUCAAAAAAAAAUCUUUUAAGGUCUUCAUCUUCAUCUUUUCCUCAUCGUAACGGAGUAAAUCUAAAGCCUUUAACAUCUCCAUCACUUGAUGAUUUGCAUAAAGGAAGUUUGAUGAGAAGAAAUAACAAGUUUAGACCGCAAUCUGUAGAUCUUACUACAAACUUUAAAAAAAAAUUCUUUUUUAACGAGGUUGUUGACAAUGACGAUGAAAUAUUCACAGUUUAUCGUACCUCGACAGAAUUCUCUGAUGACGCCUUGCUUGAUGAAAUAGAAGAAUAUGGCCCAGAAAGACAAAGGCGUCUUCUCAAAGGAAAUUACUUCAAUUCAGAAUUGCAGUUCUUAUUAGCUUUGCAAGAUAUUUCUUCAAGAUUAAUUAUUGUUCCAAAAAAAGCAAGGCAAAGUGCUUUAGAAGCAGAAUUAACCAUAUUAAAUCACAGUUUACCAGCAGAAAUUUGUAUACCAUUAUGGUGUCCCGCUUCCUCCGAAAAACCAUAUCAUCACCGAGUACUUAGGAUAUCUCCAUCUGAUGCAGUAGUUUUAAAUUCAGCAGAACGGGUACCUUACUUGUUAAUGGUAGAAGUUCUUGAGGGUGAAAUGAAUAUUGAUAUGGCUAAAUUACAAAGGCAAAAAUCCUUGCAUCGUCUUUUUCACGAAGAAAAGUCAAAACGUCUAUCAAUCGAGCUUCCCCCCGCGGCUACUGAUCCAAAGCAAACUCAAGAUGAUAACACUGAAAUUGGUACUGAAAUUCCCUCUGAAAGUAUUAAGAAUCUUCAAAAUGGCGACGAUAAUGAAAACCAAACUACAUCAUCAAAGUCUUCUAAAAGAACCGCGUCGAUUGAUAAAUUAAUUAUGUCAGCACCUAAUUUAAAUACCAUUGUUGAAUCUGAUUCUAAUGAUGAUCCAAUUUCAAUUCCCUCUGAAACAUCGUUAACUAUUUCAUAUACGCCUACUUCUCCAACACUUCCUGAAUCGAAUAGUGAAUACUUAAAAGAAGUCAUAAAUCGUAGACAGUCAAAUUCAGCUGAUGAAUUUGCAGAAAAAAUGCAAGAUGAAAAACGCGUUUUGAGUGCUGUAAACAGAGAUGAUCCAAGUGCCGCUGUAUUUCGAGAAGAUUGGAAUACUAAGAGAGAACGUAUUCGUAAGGCAUCUCCUUUUGCUACAUCAUCAAAGUCUUCUAAAAGAACCGCGUCGAUUGAUAAAUUAAUUAUGUCAGCACCUAAUUUAAAUACCAUUGUUGAAUCUGAUUCUAAUGAUGAUCCAAUUUCAAUUCCCUCUGAAACAUCGUUAACUAUUUCAUAUACGCCUACUUCUCCAACACUUCCUGAAUCGAAUAGUGAAUACUUAAAAGAAGUCAUAAAUCGUAGACAGUCAAAUUCAGCUGAUGAAUUUGCAGAAAAAAUGCAAGAUGAAAAACGCGUUUUGAGUGCUGUAAACAGAGAUGAUCCAAGUGCCGCUGUAUUUCGAGAAGAUUGGAAUACUAAGAGAGAACGUAUUCGUAAGGCAUCUCCUUUUGGUAAUCAUCCUAACUGGCGUCUUUUUUCUGUUAUUGUUAAAACAGGAGCAGAUUUGAGACAAGAACAAUUAGCAUGUCAGUUAAUCAAGGAAAUGGAAAGAAUAUGGCAAAAAGACCAUGUUAAUGUGUGGGUUAAAUAUUAUCGAGUUUUAGUUACUUCUGAUCAUUCUGGUUUAAUUGAAACAAUACAAAAUUCUAUUUCGAUCCAUUCAAUUAAAAAAGAUGCUUAUGCUAAAAGAUUAAACGAAAAAGGAUUUGUAUUCACACUAUUUGAUUAUUUCGUCAAGACAUAUGGAGAUGUGACCUCUGAAGCUUUUUUGCGUGCUCAAGAUAAUUUUAUGAGAAGUUUGGCCGCAUAUUCUUUAGUGAGUUAUAUUUUACAAGUAAAAGAUCGCCAUAAUGGUAAUAUUCUUGUGGAUACUGAAGGUCAUUUAAUAUACAUUGAUUUUGGAUUUAUGCUUUCAAAUUCACCUGGUUCUGUUGGAUUUGAAUUGGCACCAUUUAAGUUGUCUCAGGAAUAUUUAGAUAUUUUGGGUGGUUUAAACAGUGAAAAGUUUUUAGAAUUUAAGUCAUUAUUAAAACAAGCAUUUAAUGUGUUAAGAAAGCAUGCUGAUAACAUUGUCUCGUUGGUUGAAAUGACGUCUAAAGAUUCGAAACUUCCAUGUUUUCUCUCCGGAGAAGCAACUUCUUCUCAUCUUAAAGAUCGAUUUCAAUUAACACUUACUCAACCGCAAUUUGACGAUUUUGUUGAAAAGUUGAUUAUGUCAAGUUGUUGUAAUGCGGAAACAGCAGCAGCAAUGGAUUAUGAUUUAAAAUCCAAGGAUGUUUCGAUACUUCCUCCAAAACAAUUGCGGCCAGAUUUUUGA